AAUCUCUGGAGUAUUUCAAAAUUCGGCAGAAGGCCAUGAUCCGUAGAACAUUCGAUGAAAUUUCAGCGUCUGGAGCUUUACUAGAGUUGCGAUGUAGCUACACCGGUGCCAUCAAUGAGGAGGGCUACCGCACGACCCCUGUAGAUGGUGUGUUGGUGGGGCGACACGAUCCAGAUGCUGCGGCGAAUAUUAAGGCCACUUGUUUUUCAAUUGCGAGGGAAAAGAUAAAGAAGACGUCCACCUAUAUUGCGACUCUGUCUUCUCUUUUUAUAUGUAAUAUAAGACAUUCGAGAAUUACAAUGAAUUUAGAAAAGAGGUAAAAUGAGUGGACGAACGCCCUCCUGCUCUAAACCCCCUCAGCUGCUAGUCGCUUGUCGUCGUCAGCCGAACGACGAUGAGAUCGCACUCAUCACCCUACUCGCUGAGCCGUUUGGCACAAACCACUACAUCAUUUUUGAGGAUCCGGCCACGCAGAUCAGAUAUCAUCUCGGUCGUAGCACAACUUCAGGGAAAGAGGACAUUUAGGGACUUUACCAAGUUACAUUCUCUGAAACAAAGCAUCCUUGACUUUUCUAGAUUUUUCAAGUUGAAUAGAAUCAAUGAGUCAAGGAUGAUCAACACGUAUUCCUUGGAGAAUGUAACCUUGCAGCCUUCAAGACCUGUUGAUGUUCGGCACGAACGCAUCGAGUGUUGAUGCUAUGGCUAUGGUAACUCCAGAACUCGUUCAUGAAGUUGGACAGGAUGGGGCAAGUGUAGGUUUCGGCCUCGUGAAGCUGAAAGACGACACGAAUAAGUUCUUGGCAUUGCAAUCGAAGGCUGAUCCGAGUCUACUAUGGAAGUCAGUGGGGUCUCCGACCUAUUUUCAACUAAGAGAACACGAGUUUUCGACCUCCACCAGUACCACAACCACGUCACCCUCAUUCGAUGCGCAUGCGGACCUGCUAAACUUAAGGUUUCCAGGCUAUGCGUCCUCCACGACUAGCAUCCAUCCUGGGCUUCUUUGUUUUGCAGUACAGGAAAAUGCCCAGGUCGUGGAUCAUAUGUGGAAGAUCUCUCUGGAGAAUGCAAUAUUAGAGAAUGUAAAAAUAGCUAAUAAAUGAGGAACUCUACGGUGACGUUUCGAUGUCUUCGUAUUAUCCCGACUCUCAGCAUGGGGAAGCUUGGAAACCGCUGACCUACGAGUUAGGUGGCUCACGAGUGUGGCCUGGCUCGUGCGCACACAGCGAUAACAGUGCAGCACGCACCGGAGGCAAACGGCAGUGGUGGAGGGCAGCUUUCCUUAAGUCUACAACUGUCAAGUGAGAAGUAAUCGAAAAGUAACAAAUACAUUAACCGAGUAUCUGAGAUUCAUAUCUAGAUUAGUUACUCGCUUAUUUCAGUUUUUCGAGUGUCCUCUGAGCCAUCUGUGGCAGUUGCACCACUUCUUCUAGGUGAUGUAGUGGAUGGGAACGCCUUACAACUAGCUCAGAGCUCUCUAAUUUCCCUGGGAACACGACGAAAUACGUCCACCACAUUGUGCUGUGGAAGCGUGACCCACCUAAAUUCGACCCUUUACGUAAUGAUGCAAGGCUUGCGUUCGAUGACAUACUGGGAGAUCCCAGAGUGGCAGAGAUUUCUCCGACUAGCAUGGACGAUGAUGCGAAAACCAUAAACAUUGGCCACAUCUGCGACUGCCACCAAGGAACUACCAUUGCUGUCAGACGGAAGAUCAACUCUUAAGGCUCCUGCUUCUGUUAUAAAAAUCCAUCUGCAGUAGAGAGAGAGCAGAACUUCUUUUUUUGAAGCAAGGUCGCAUGAAGGAAAGCAUCUCUUCUGAGAAGCAUCUUGAAGCAAGGUCGCAUAGUACGGAGAAUGAAAGCUCGCUCUAAAACUCAAUAACCCUGUUUGCCGGCAGUGCAGCGAAUGACGGCAAAUUUGCGCUCUGCGGAAUACACGUCCACGCCACACCAGGAAUUCAGGCAGAUCUUCUCAACACGGAAUUGAACUUAUGUUGAGAACCAGGAGGACAUCGUUUACAGUUACAGUUUGUUAGAGAGUGAGUGAUGUUGAAUACUUAUAAGAAUAAGAUUAACUUCUACGCUAACGCUUCUCGUAAUUAUAUUCGAAAACGUAACAAAAUAACCGAGUUACUGACUGAAAUAAGGGAGGCAGCUCUAGCGGGCUACUCUUCCUUGUUCAGUAUCUCGGUUAUUCUGAUCAGUUACUUGCUUAUUUCAGUUUAUGGAAUAGUUGUUAUUCAACAGCACGCUAACUCUCCAUCCUGUUCGUCCUUUUCAACGGUAUUCAACACCACAGCUACUGCUCCCAGCGUCCUCUAAUACCUGCUCACGUUGAAGUAAAGAGCGAGGACGCUUACGGCCAUCACUACGCUUGGAGACCUCUGGCGUACCGCACUGAUGUCACUGAUGCUUCUAGAAGAUCGGACGACGGGUUCUGUUUCCAGAGCCUAGGAACCGGCUCAACGCGUGAUUGGUGGCGCGCAGAGUUUCCCUCGGCUCGUGGUGUGUCGCAGAUUGUGCUCUGGAACCGAGAAGAUGACGCCCAAACCCGUUUAGAUCACGCACGGUUGAUGUUUGACGAUACGCUGGGGGAUCCGAGGAGUGCGACGAUAGCCGACAGUGAUGUUGACAUUGAGGCUUUGAUAGUACUAGAUUUUCUCGUCAAAGAACCAUUUGAGGACGCGGCUGAGAUGCUUGAGGCCUGAGCCAUUUGAGGCGCGCCCUCAGGCACCGAUUGAGUCUGCUGAAAAAUGAAAAAUGCCUCGAAAAUGCAAAAACGGAAUUAGUCUACCCUAAUUAAAAGUCUUUGCUACCUCUCGAAUGGGUACACUACUACUACUACUACUACUAGUACUAGUCCGGCGAUUCUUCUAACAAAAGCGACAGCACGAU